AUGGGCACACGCGGAUUCUAUGUCUAUCGCUACAAAGGCUUUUACUAUGUCUUUUUUAACCAAUAUGACUCUUAUCCAGAGGGGCUAGGUGUUCAGGUUGCUAAUGAAAUUCCCUCGGAUCCGACCGAGUUCGAGAGUUAUGUGGCGUCAACCAAAAAGUAUCUCCUUCGACUGUUUUCGGAAUCGAAGGAAAGGGACGAGGGGUCGGAUCCGGAAAUUACAAAGACUCCCCCACAAAACGAUAUCUUCAUUGAGUGGAUGUACGAAAUUGAUUUGGACAACUACAUAUUUCAUGUCGACGGAGAACCGUUGUUUGACAUACGAAACAUGCCUCGUAUUGAUGACUUUGCUUCUUACAUCGGAACAAACAGCUACGGAUGUCGUUCUUUCAAUGUAAACACUCCCGAAGAGCACCGCUAUAAACUCCCGCCAUCACUUCCGGUGGCGCCUGAGAUUCAUGAUAUUUACGAAGGCCUCCAUCCUGCCUGCACCUCUACACAUGAAGUGCUUCAUGUUCCACCUGAAUUGCGAGGCAUAGAGGAGAUCAGGUUCAAAUUCAUGCAAGUUUUCAUUGCAUCCUCAAUGCGAACGUUGUAUAAUUCUAUUGGAUUGGGAAUCAACGCUGUGCUUUCCGAUAAAGUAUCCGACAACGUUGUUACUAGACUUCGUGUCAUAGUUGAUACCCUGUCUGGUCCUCUUGUCUUUUCGAACUCUAUUGCUUCUGUGGAUCAAAAAUCGCUGGACACUUCACCCUUCCAAUGGGUAGUCAAAGACGUCCUUUGCAUACUUGCUGUGCCGCGUCUCGAUGAAGACCUCCUUGUACAAGCUGCAAUUGUUCACCUGAUGCAGCACAUUGAAAACCACUUUCAAAUCGAAGUCCAUGCCGUCGGUACUAUGUUUCAUGCCGCUAUCAUGUCUUUGUACCAUGUUUCUAUUGUCCGUCUCAAGGUAAUUGAACAUGAUGGGACGAAAGCCUUCGAAUUGACACAUACAAACCAUCUCCGAUUUCUCCCAACGGAGCACCCAACAAGUUCUUUCACGCCCGGGCUCGAAGCGCUAUCUCGCCUCGGCCAACUGGUCUUUGAAAAACAUCUUCGACAGGAUGUCCUCGACAGAAACUAUGUUUGUCAUAAGUUGGCAUCCGGUUCGAUAAUAGAAUCGCUCCCAGCAGAAAUCUGUAUUUCCAUUGCGCAAUAUUUACCACGAACAACUCUCAAACCAUUGACCACUAUCUCUCCUACGUGGGCACAGGUUGCUUUCGAAUUCCUUCUUCACCCUUGGAUUGAAAGAUCAAGGUCUGUCGAAAGAUCUGUGAAUUAUGAUUGGUAUCAUGUCGUAAGCCAUGAUUUGUCCAGUACAAUUGCUUUUGAGACUGUCCAUUCCUCCUCAUUCCUCGCCACCGACCAGGAUGGGCGUAAGGUUGCGCUUGUUCUCACAUCCAACUUGAAAAGUGAUAGAGAUGAUAUACAUCAAACAUUUGGCAUAUCUCCUGAAGACUUAGCUGACUCAGUCUUCAACAUUGGCUAUGUAUCGGAUCUCUGGCGUAGGAUUUACGUUCUCGCCUUCCCAUUGUCAAGGUAG